AAUACAGUUUCGAAAUUUACUCACUUGAUAUUGUUUUGUUAGCCGCUCCACAUAAAUUGUUAAUAGAAAUCUUAUCGAUUUGGACUGAAAAAUUUAGUUGCUACAUUUUAAAAAUUCAAAACAAUUGGAAAUCUUUUAGAUUAUCAAAAUGUUUCGUCGUCUAAAACAUAUUAGGGCAAUAAGGCCAUCAUUUACAAAAUCUAUCAUGCGAAAUUUCAAGUCUCUUACAGUAAAGGGUGUCAAUCCGCAGUCAGAAGAAGUGUCUCAACUUACGAUGCCAGGUGUAGUGAUGGCUCCUAGUUACAAAUAUAAAGAGGGCGAGGUAUACCAUGGGUUCCAGUGUCAGCGCAUUGAGGAUGUAUCCGAAUUUGAGCUUGUGUCGUACACAAUGCGUCAUCUGAGCACAGGAACGGAGUUCUGGUAUAUCGAUCGCAAUGACGCCAACAAUGUGUUCUCAGUCCAUUUUCGGACACCACCCAUCAAUAAUACGGGACUGACUCACAUUUUGGAGCACAUUGCUAUGGACGGUUCCAACAAAUUUCCAAUUCGAGAUCCCUUCUUAAAAAUGCUUAAUCGAUCAGUUGGAACUAAUCAGAAUGCUAUGUCUACGACAGAUCUUACCAAUUUUAUUUGCGCUUCCAGGAACGAGGUCGAUUUCAGGAAUCUACAGCGCAUCUAUUUAGAUAGUGCUUUUGGGCCCCUUCUCACUUAUUCAAACUUUACCCAAGAUGGUUGGCGAAUUGAACACAAGGAUGUGCACGAUCGGCAAUCAGAACUUGUGAUAAAAGGUGUCGUCUAUAACGAAAUGAUUGGAAUAUUUUCGGACAACUCACGAAUAUUACGAAGAGAUCUUUUAAAAUGCAUACUGCCAGAUACAGCAUACCAUUAUAUGAAUGGCGGGGAUCCACUGGAAAUUCCCGACUUAGAGCACUCGGAUCUGGUGCAGUACUACAACAAAUACUUUCAUCCAAGCAAUGGACGGAUAUUUUGUUACGGCUCCUUCGAUCCAAUGAAGUCACUUGAAUACAUCGAUAAGGAGUAUUUCGCUAAUAAGGAUGCCAUAGACACUGCCUUCAGUCACAUACCACCCCAUCCCCGGUGGUCGGAGCCCCGCCAGAUACACGUACCCUGUCGAUUGGAUAUCCUGGGUGGUUCGCGAGAGAAGCAAAAUCAAAUUUCGAUUGCGUUGCUAAUGUGCGAUAGGACCGAUGUUCAGGGUACUUUUGAAAUGAAUGUUCUUACGGAACUAUUGAUUCGCGGUCCCAACUCGGCGUUCUACAAGGGUCUGAUUGAGCCAAACUUCUCGGGUGGCUUCAACAAGAACACUGGCUAUUUUCUAAGAUGUCGAGACACGUAUUUCCUUGUUGGCCUGCAAGAUCUAAAGGUUGAAGAUUUUGCCAGAUUUAAUGAGCUAUAUGAGCAAACUGUACUGAAAAUCAUAAACGAAGGCUUUGAGCCGCAUCACGUGGAAAGUGUUCUGCACAAUAUGGAAUUGGCGGUAAAGCAUCAGGGUCCUGACUUUGGUUGUGCCGUCUUUUAUACCUCGAUGUCAUUGUGGAAUCAUGGCGGUGAUAUUGUGGCCAAUCUGCGGGUUAUGGAUAAUAUUGCCAAGCUGCGAUCUAGUUUGAAACAGAACAAACACUAUUUGCAGCAAAAAGUUGAAGAAUAUUUUCUAAAAAAUACACACAAGCUGACAAUAACCAUGUCGGCCGAUGAAUCCUACGAGCAGAAUUUCCAAAAGGCAACACAAAAGGUGCUCAAUCAAAAGCUUAAAAACCUUGACUCCGAUGAUUUGGAAGCGAUUUAUCAGAAUGGUCUUAAGUUAAAAGAGGAACAAAAUUUGAUCGAAGAUGUCAAUUGUUUGCCAUGUCUAACGCUGCAAGAUGUGCAGGAGCCACUGAAAAUUCCCAAGAUAUGGGAUGAGCUGAUUCAAGGUGUGCCCACACAGCUGUGCAAGGUGCCCACCAAUGGAAUAACCUAUUUCUAUUCCUUUUUGAAUACUACCGGCUUCAGUGAAGAUGAUAUCAUGCUCGUUCCACUAUUCUGUGACAUUAUUCAAAAUUGUGGCACAGUCAAGCAUAAUUUUCGCGAUUUCGACAAGCUGCUUCGUUCAAAAACUUCCGGGAUUGAUUUGAAGGUUAAAGUUGUAGAAAAUGUUAGGGACUAUAAGCAAUAUCGAAUGGGUAUGUUAAUGUCGACUUAUGCCCUCGAUAAGAACGUUCCCGAUAUGUUUGCACUGUGCGAAGAGUUGAUGCUCAACUUCAGGAUCGUAGAUACGGAUCGUCUUAGGAUGCUCAUCAAGAACUACAUUUCGAAAUUAUCAGUGGGAAUUCUAGUUUCUGGACACUUGUAUGCCAUAAUGGGUGCCGCGGCAUUGGUCAGCGAUGCUGCCAAAUUGAAGUCCCAUUUAUUAGGUGUCGAUCACAUAGAUUUCAUGAAGAACUAUAUACAAGAAUAUAGCAUCGAAGAGAUUCGCGACAAAUUGUGUGCUAUUGGCUCAAGGGUUUUCCACAAGGCCAACAUGCGAGUUGCCAUCAACAGUUCGGAGGCUCAACAACCAAUCGUCCUGGAGCACUACCAAAGAUACUUGGACAGGCUGCCCAGCCUCGAGAAGAUGAAAAAUAAAACGGAUUUGCAUUUGCUAAAGCCGAGCUAUCAUCAGUAUGAAAUGAAUAUAGCUCUCAACUACUGCUCAAAAGCCUUCUAUGCCGUACCCUAUUUGCAUGAGGAUCACCCUGGAUUGCGUGUCCUAGCAAAGCUUCUGACGGCCAAGUAUCUGUGGCGGGUGGUGCGUGAGCAGAAUGGGGCCUAUGGCACGAAUGCCAGAAUCGGCUAUGAUGGCCUCUUCACAUUCAACAGCUAUCGUGAUCCACAUUCUACGAAGACACUGGAAGUAUUUGAUGGUUGUUAUGACUGGCUAAAAGAGUUGGGCGACAAAUUGGAUGAGGAAAUGCUGCUUGAGGCAAAGUUGGGAGUGCUGCAGCUGGUCGACUGGCCAAUACCGCCUGGUGAAACUGGCUUGGAUUACUUUAAUGUGAGAGUCUCGCCACAGGACUACAGAAAAUAUCGUGCACGUGCUCUCUCUGUAACAAUCGACGAGCUUCGAGUCAUAAUUGACAAGUACUUCAAGCAGGAACCGAAACAUUUUGGAAAAUGUAUUCUAUGACCAAAACCGAAAAAUUAGAGAGCCACUGAAAUAGUUUUUAUACCCUUGUAGAUGGUAUUAUAAUAUUGUCAUUAAGUUUGUAUGCAUUGAAAGAGACAUCUCCGAUACCAUAAAAUAUAUAUAUAUUCGAUAU